AAAUCUGGGCUUACUGCUCACAAAAAUAAAAAAAAAUGGUGAGGGAAACUGAAUACUAUGAUGUUCUUGGUGUUAAUCCAUCUGCUUCCGAGGAGGAGAUUCGAAAAGCUUAUUAUCUUAAGGCAAGGCAAGUUCAUCCAGACAAAAAUCCAAAUGAUCCUCAUGCUGCCGAUAGAUUUCAGGUACUAGGUGAAGCUUAUCAAGUUUUGAGUGAUCCUGUUCAAAGAGAUGCAUAUAAUCGAAAUGGGAAAUACAGCAUAUCUAGGGACACCAUGCUUGAUCCAACAGCAGUCUUUGCUCUUCUAUUUGGAAGUGAAUUAUUUGAGGACUACAUAGGACAUGUUGCUGUUGCAUCAAUGGCUUCUUCAGAACUACCCAAUGAAGCAGACAAUCCUGAAAAACUGAAUGAUAAGUUGAAGGCUAUUCAAAAGGAAAGAGAAGAAAAGUUAGCAUGGUCAUUAAAAGAUCUUCUUAACCAAUAUGUCCGAGGUGAUAAAGAUGGAUUCUUGCAUCAUGCAGAAUCAGAAGCCAGACGGCUGUCUGAUACUGCUUUCGGAGUUGAUAUAUUACACACUAUUGGCUACGUAUACUCCAGACAGGCAGCACAAGAGCUUGGAAAGAAAGCAAUUUAUCUUGGUGUACCAUUUUUGGCUGAGUGGGUUCGCCACAAGGGACAUUUCUGGAAGUCACAGAUUACUGCAGCAAAAGGUGCUUUUCAGUUACUGCAACUUCAAGAAGAUAUGCGCAGGCAAUUCAAAAUAGAUGGCAGUGGCCCUGAAAAUGAUGUUGAAUCACAUUUAAGAUUAAAUAAAGAAACUUUCAUGAGCUCAUUAUGGAAAUUGAAUGUCGUGGAUAUCGAAGUAACCCUUGUACAUGUGUGCCAAAUGGUGCUGCGGGAAAACAAUGUCAUGAAGGAGGAACUCAAAGCUAGAGCUCUGGCUCUGAAAAUUCUUGGGAAGGUAUUUCAGGAACAAGAAGCUCGAAAUGGUGGCCCGUCAAGGAGGAAAAAGGUUGCUGAAAUAGAUGAUGAUGAUGAUGGAAGCAGUUCCGAGAGCAGCAGUGAAGACGAGUCGCCAAGAGCACUUUCGUAUCGAACUCCUUUUCUCACUCAGGGCAUUGGGAGACUCUUCAGAUGCCUGUGUAACCCAGCCUUUGAUGUGGAUGAUGAUGAAAUUGUGUUCAAAAGCAAGUGAUUGCAGGAGACAUGUAAAUUAGCAUUAUUGGCACUCUCAAUUGGUAGCCCCAAAAAAUGUCAUUUUUCUUGCAAUACAAAAACCCUUGUUC